GCAGUCACGACGACCUCCGCCACUUCGCUACUUGCUGCAAGGGUCACCCGGAAGAUACGUCAAAUUCUGGUACCGACCUAUGGAGGACGAAGGACCUCCGAGUCGCAAGUUGAACGGGGCAUCUCUGGGUCUUUCCAUCUGCUCUCUCUUCCUCUGGAGUUCGUAGAGAACAUGUGCACCUUCGUUCUUGACAAACGCCCUCUCAGUCUCGCUUGUCGGGCACUUCAUUCCAUCGCCUCGUGCGAUGUCUUUCGCACGAUGUUUCUUAGAGUGGAUCCUCGCAAUUCGUCCCUCGAAGAACUAAAAUGUUUUCGACGCAUCGCCACUGGCAGGACCUCGUUUUCGGCUCACACAACUACGCUUGUCGUGGAAUCUGAUCGCAGAGCAUCGAGGUCUAGGAGAUUUAUCGAGAGAUGUGAAAAAAUGACGAUCGGUCUCCAAUUUUUGCCUCUGGUCACCGGUGCCAUCCGGAUGCUGAAGAGUUUGAAUUCCGUUAGGUGAGCGUGGUAUUCACUUUAUACCAGAAAU